AUGGGGAGAGGGAAGAUUGUGAUUCGAAGGAUUGAUAACUCAACCAGCAGGCAAGUUACUUUCUCUAAGAGAAGGAAUGGAUUGUUGAAGAAGGCUAAGGAGUUGGCUAUCUUGUGUGACGCUGAAGUCGGAGUCAUUAUCUUCUCUAGCACUGGGAAGCUCCACGAGUUCGCUAGCUCAAGCAUGAAAACAGUUACUGAGAGGUACAACAAAGUGAAGGAGGAACAUCAUCAACUGUUGAAUCUUUCUUCACAAGCCAAGUUAACAUAA